AUGGAGAACCUGCCAAUAGAUAUCAUAGAAAACAUAUUUUCUCGCUUAUCUGUUAAACCCACUUUACACUGCAAACGAGUAUGCAAAACAUGGAGAAACUUUAUCGGCAAAAACAAGACCGGUCUCUUGUUCGCGUACGUAGACAUUCAUAAUCUCCAAUAUGACUAUCAAACAAAAGUAAAACUCUACUAUGGAGAUAAGUACGAAGAAAAUCUUGAGCAGUACUACUCCACGGAAACACUUGCAAAGUUGGAUGGUGGAAAAUACGAUUUGCGUAUCCCAAAUUUUCGCUGUUAUCAUCACAUGAUUGAUUCAUGCAACGGAUUGGUUUUUUUUCAACGCGACCUUAACCGUGUUCAUCCAUUAGGUGGAAUCUUCAAUCCAGUAACUGGAGAACUGCUUUCUCUUUCAGGCUUAAGUAAAGAAGCGGGCUUGAGAUGGCGAUCAGUUGGAUUUGGAUACCUUCCUUCCACAAAUGAGUAUAAGGUUGUUAGAUGCAGUUACACUAAAUUAAAUGAUGAGUUGCAGGGACAUGUGGAGGUAUAUACUCUUGGCUCUCAAUGUGGGUGGAGAGGAAAACAGAAUCUCCCUUACUAUUUUCAAAAAUCAGGCAUCUUUGCUAAUGGAGCAAUUCAUUGGAUUGGCGAGGGAUGUCAAGGAGCACGUGCAUAUGAGAUUCUCGCCUACAAUUUAGCGGAUGAGAAGUUCAAGCACGCCGCUUCACUACCUUUUGAUUUUAAUAGAGGUGAUGAUAGACUCGAAUUGAUGGGGGGAAACUUAUGUGCACUUCACUAUAUUUGUGGCGGACCAAUCAUAAUAUGGGCAUUCAAAAAAAAGAACUGGGCACGCAAUUAUAUUGCGACCUAG